AACAGGAAGUGAUCUUCUACACCCAGUUUCAAUGUUUUGGUUUUACCGUUCACUUAGGAUGUCAAGUGUGUAGAAGCAUUGUCUUAAUUUCCGAGGGUUUCCAGACACGACAGAUCCAAAUGCAGAAGAAAAUGUUCACCAAAUUUACGACUUUAAUACAACAUGCAGUGGACUCGUUUGCACCAAACUUGUCCCUGCAAGAGGAGUUCAUCCAUCACUGGAAGGCCAUCACCAACUACUUCAUAGACAACAAAGGUGAGCGAGGGCAUGUUGAGCAGACCCAGAUACCGGGUCAUCUGGACCAGAUGAUGAGGAUCCUGCAAGAGGAGGAGGUGAUGUCUCUGGAGAGUGGAACCACGGGUCCCUGUCUGGAGUAUGUCCUGCAGCACAAGCUGAUGGAGACUCUUUAUACACUCGGCAGAACGGAUCACCCGCCAGGUAUGAAGCAAAUCAUCCUGAGUUUCUUCACCAAGAUUCUGUCGCGCAUCAAGCAUCCUCUUCUGCCACACAUCAACGUACACAGGGCUGUUCAGUAUUUAAACAGAUUAGGUGGCAGAAAAAGCCUCACCCCGACUGAGAAGGAGGAGAUUGAGUUCCUGUGUACUAUCAUAUGUGCCAAGAUUAAGACUUUUGCACCAGGAAAGUCUCAUAAGGACCGUCCUUCUCUGCCGCUGAUGGUGUCAACUCAGCCGACGGCUACACACAGUCUGGAGUUCUGUCUUGUGGAUGCUCUCAUCUCACUUACUUCUAGUCCAGACGCCCGUAUAUCAGUGAAGGCGUGUGAGGGUCUGAUGCUGUGUGUGAGCCUUCCUGAAGAGUCGGCUGCCAAGUGUAUCGUAGCGGACACCAAGUUCUGUCUGCAUCUCACAGAGAGGCUGUGUCAGUUGUACCAGGAUCUGCCAACCGUCAUCAGUCCCGCAGACAUUGACUCUGUGGAUGCAAAAUGGGGUCUGGAUGUGUUCACCGAGCGAGAAGACCAUCAGUCUUUCAUCGGCAAGCGCACACUAAUAUCUUUCUUGUCGUGGUUGGAUUAUUGUGACCAGCUUAUCUCUAUUGCCAAUCCCCUUGUAGCCUGUGCCUUAUCUACUUCCAUACAUGUUGAGCUACUCAAAGGGAAGAUGCAGCCUCUCAUCUUACAAACGUGUGAGACUGGUGCUAUAAUGGCCACCUGCUACCUCACCCGCUGUCUGAAGACAGUAUGCUCUGGUCCACUACUUACAGAAUUUACUCAUUUUAUUCUUGGGAAUGAACCAGAGCCAGAGAAGCCCUCUGAGAGUGUCCACAAACUGCGCCGAACUCUGAUUGAACGUUGUAACCACAUUUCAGAGGAGGUGUGUCUGUCCACAAUGAAGCUGUUUGACAUGCUGCUCCAGAAAGAGGAUGCUCACAUCUUCCAGAACCUGUUUCUGCGGAACCUCCUUGGAAGGAGCUACAUGAAAUCACAUGCUGGCACUCAAGGAAAGCAGGAUAGUAGUGGUAGUGGUCCCAAAGAAUCACAAGAUACUAGUGGUCCCAAAGAAUCACAAGAUAGUAGUGGUCCCAAAGAAUCACAAGAUAGUAGUGGUCCCAAAGAAUCACAAGAUCAGAGUGGUUCCGAAGAACCACAAGAUGGGAGUGUUUCCAUGGGAACUGAGGAUAGUUCCACAGAAUCACCAGGCACACUUCAGGUAGAUGGAGGCACAGAUGCUGCCUCUAAUCCUGUGAAAGAUGGUGAUAGUUGUAAAGAAAAACAAGAUGAACAAACUGAAGAAAGAACUGCUGAAGAUUCACAAAGGAAAGGAGAUACUGUGUCUGAAAGUUCCCAGGAUAAGGCAGCAAUAGAAACACAAACACAAAGAGACUCAGCAUAUGUACGACCUGAAGUGCACAAGGUCGUAAACAGCUUUCUGACCAUGCUGCCGGAGGAGGCUAAGUCUUCGUACCAGACAGCUGACAGCGGUUACGACAUGUAUCUCCGAGAUGCGACCAGACAGUUCAACUGUGUGGAGCAUGGCAGCAGGUCAUGGAAGUGGCCGUCGGAACCAGUUCAGAUGGAACAGUACAAGAUGGAUGCUUUCUAUGAAGGUGACUUCCUCCACAUGCUGCUCACUAGGCUGAGCAAGCUCCUCAAACAGACGUACACCAUAAACCUAGUGCUGACAUCUGUGAUAUCCAGAGUGGCUCUUGUACCACACCCAAACCUCCAUGAGUUCCUACUGGACCCAUUCCUGCCAACUGCCAGCAGUGUUCUCACACUUACCAGUGUGUUGAAGAAGGUUGCUGGUGAAAUUCAGGUCUACCUCAAGACUGAGCCGCAUUUUUCUGACAAACUGGUUGUUGCUAGGAAACAACUUUUGGGCGUCAUGGAUACAAUGCACAGGAGACGCAAGGCUUUUCGUAGUGUAAGGAGCUCGCUAGUUAAGAGCGAUUCAGUUGGAUUUGAUGACCAAAGUCAACUGGAAGCCAUCAUUGUGAUUGAGGAAUUCUGUAAGGAGUUGUCAGCCAUUGCUUUUGUGAAGCAUCAUGCCGCAGUGACCAGAACCUAGGAGGAGUACAGUGUCCAUGACCUUAGGGAGGACAGUGACCAGGACCUCGGAGGAGGACAGUGACCAGGAUCUCGGAGGAGGACAGUGACCAGGUCAUUGGACAGUGUCAGGGUCACUGUUGUGGUCAAACACUCCGUUACUGUGACAGUGCUUCUUCAAGGAAGGUGAAGGAUAUCUUACUCAUCAUACAAGAUUAAUGUCAUUGAUGAUGAUGGCCCUCGAGGGCAAAUGCAGAACAUGUUGCAAAUGGUGUUCUCCAAACUUCUGUUUCCUUAAUGGCUCAUUGUAUUGGUAAUCAUUUAAUAAUUUCAUGAUGACAUUGAAUUUCUUCUAAUACUUGCAACAAUUAUGGCAUUUCAGAAUGCAUGUUCUCCUUUCAUUUACAAUCAGGCUACGGAAAUGUUGAGACAAUAACUGUAUCAAGGUGAAUUCUUUCACCACAAUACCACAGUCAAUCAUUUGUGUCAGAUGGUUUCAUUUCUGUCACAAGAACGUUAUAGAAUCUCAUAAAGGUAUCAAAUGACAAUAGUAAACCUGUCAUUACCAGUUUGGUGUUCUUCAACUUAUUUUGAGAAGUAUAUGUCGAAAAUGUCAGAGACAAAAGUACGGAAUAGAUAUAUAAGUGUAUAUGUUUGUCUCCUUUCACAUGCACACUGGGUUAGACCAUUUGGUAUUGUCCACAUGUUGCCAGAUUCCUUGUUAUCCUAUGUAGUUAUGUUAUAUACAGUCUAUGAUGGGGUACAGGUGGGUGAAAUGUAUGAUGUCCACCCCUGCCUGAAGUAUUAUUGUUAGAUUAAUAUAACUCUUGCAAUACACUGAUAAGAUGUACUGCUCCUGUGAAAUUCCUGCCCCAGCUCAUCCAGUCCAUUGCUCUGUUCUAUUUGGAUAGUAGUCCAUUACACAGCAAUCUCAUCCCAAAGAUGAUCUUACAUUAACAUAGUGAUAGCUAGAGCACCAAGAUCACUUGCAGGAAUGGUGCCCAUGUCAAGUUUGAAAAGGCUGUAUACAAGGACAUGUUUGGGAUGGGAACUGUUGUCUCCAGUCAUGUUAUGGACCUAUUGAGCGUUUUAUUUCAAAACAAGAUCCUUCAAGAUACAAUCAUUGUCUGUGAAAAUGCCUGAGUAUUAGUAUAUUAUUGAACGUCAGAGUAUAUGAACAGAAAUGUUCAGCACUUCAUAUAAAGACAUCACUAUGAUUUUAUUGUCCUUCACGGCAGCAUUGAUGAAUGUUGGAUUCAUUGAUCACCGCUUCAUUCCUAAUGUUUGAAAGUGGGUAUGUGUUGCUAUGAAUGUUCUCAAUGAUAUCAGUGUUCUUCCAGGUGGGUGCCUUAGUUUUGAUCCAGUUAUCAAAUGCAGCAGUCUGCAGGACCAAUAUCAGUUAUGCAUUCACUUGCCACUGCAUCAUAUCACAACGACGAAGACUCUUUAUGACUGAUCCAAGUUCCAUAUCUGUCGGUUAUAUGUCACAUUGACGCGUGAACCACACUUCUAGAUUAUGUAUAUAGUUUAUGUCCUUUGUUAUCAGAGUGUUAAUAAUUUCACUUCUAUUCAUUGUUGUGUGUUUCAUUAUGAGUGAGUAUAUACGUGACCUUUGAUUAAGAACUGUCCAUCCUUGACAAACUGAACUUCAGGAAUGUACAGCCAUUACUCAUGGAGCUGACGCAAGGUAUCGUACUGAUUUGUUGGUUGUUAGUUUCAACAAUGCUGGAAUAUUGCUGAGUGCGGUGUAAAACUAAACUCACUCACUCACUAUUAUCCCAAUAAUGCAGUGAAAUAUGAUAAUUAUCAAGCCAGUAAUCACUUAUGACACUGGCUUCAGUAUAUGGUGUAUCCAUCUCAAUCAUGAAUGACAUUUGAAAGGCGUCUGCUUGUACCACUGAUCAGACGUCUAACUCUCAACAUUGGAAUCCUCUGCUGUUCCGCCAUACAUUUUCCAGCAGUAAAUGACACGUUUGGAUUCCAUUGUAGGUCCUUAAUGUUUUCGAAAUGAAUUUUGGUGUCUUAUUGAUGCAGUUCCAUCAGAUCAGAUCAGCUCCAUUUGGCAUGAGUACAACUGACACAACUUACAGAUAAGAUGAGGUUCUACUGUUUGUCAUUAUUUGGGGGAAAUGAGUAAGGAACCUAACUAAAGCUCAUGUGUAUAUUGUAGGAUCCCCUUAUGAACGUUAAGACAAUGUGAGCGGUUGUUUGACAUUAUUAUUAUUUACAGGUUUUAUCAUGUUUAUCCCUGGUGUGCCAAAUCAACUCAUGUGCAAUAUGUUUCGUUGGUCCAUGUCGGUCUUCCAAUAAUGACCUGUUUUAUUUUACACGUACAUGCACUGCAUGUACAGUUGUAAUCUGUUUAUUUCAGUGUUCUAAUUACCACAUACAGAUUAAUGUCUGGGGACACACCUUUUGAUAUUCUUGGGUUUGGUGUCAAUCCUAAUUGGGAUUUAUUUUCAUGACAGUCAGCAUGUCUAGCAAAUAAUCGUAUGUGAGUGGUAAAACUUGAAGAGAAACUAUUCCCAACCAUACCUAGAAAUUUAUCUAGGAUUCCACACUGAUCCCCCUUUGGGAAGAAAAUGGAGGAAAUUGUUAUUUUGUUCAAAAUUGAAUUCUCUAUAUCAUUCCUUAAUUUCCAAAUUUCAAAAAUAAUAUGUUGACACUGAAUUUUGACAUUGCUUUCAGUGAAAUAAUUUGGAAUUAGGCAUUAAGGCUUCAUCUUUUAUUUUGGUCCAGUUCUUAAUGAAAUACAAGUCAUCUGACAAGCCAUAAUGCUGAGUUAGUAUUGAUGUAACACCCAGAAUAUGGGGAAAACUGGACCAUUUCAUUUCAGUCAAGAUUUAAGAUAUAAAAAUGGAUAUUAUUCCUAUUUCAGAUUACAUGUAAUAAUUCAGUAACUUUAGAUUUUGUUUACCAUGUCUCAAGACAAUUAACCACUGUUCCACACAUCUGAGUACACAUUGUGUCUCAAGCCACUUAUAAAUUUUAGAUGUGUAUUUUAAUAUUAUUGUAGCUCGCAUUGUACACUGUGAUCUUCAUUACUUCACAAUGGUGCUAGUCCUUACUGGUUUUGAAGCAAUGUUAUUUGAAUAAGAUCAAUCACGCAUAGUGAUUUGAUUCCUUUCAGAGAAAACCAUGCUUGAAUUUAUAUAAAAACUGUAUGUAUGAUUUUUAGAAGAUAAAAUAUCUUCACUGUUCCAAAGAUGUAUCAAGUCCAAUGUUUCCUUCUGAGGAGUUUUGUUUGUGCAUGGAAAAGGCAUAGAACCAUGUAAACUAGCCUGAGUUAUACCCAGCUAUUAGCCUACAGGUUGUGUUAUGGUUCAGUCAGUAGAAGCUAAUCUGGAAAGGACAUAUAUUUGUCUUCAGAGGAUGUAGAUAAUGUUAUUAGCUGUUACUGAGUGUUUCUACAUUGUUCUGAUCGGUUGAAGGAAAUGUGGUCAGCACAUGGACUAGUCUUCAAAGGGAUAUAGUCAGUGAUGUUUGUUAUUGGGAUGAAGAUCUUAAGAAUACCUAAUGUAACAUGAAUGAAUAAAUUGUGACAUAUU